AUGAAACGUUUUAAGUCGUUCGUGGUACCGACGUGGCACAUGCUGCGACGUUACAACCAUGUUUCGGCGAAAGAAGCUGCAUGCUUGCAAAAAAGGCUAGAGCAAAUACCGCUGGAGAAUUAUAGGAACUUUUCGAUUGUGGCCCAUGUAGAUCAUGGAAAAUCAACACUGAGCGACCGCCUGCUGGAAUUUACUGGUGUCAUAAAGCCCGGGGACUCAAAUAAGCAAGUUUUGGACAAAUUGGAGGUCGAACGAGAGCGUGGAAUUACCAUCAAAGCGCAGACAUGUACCAUGUUUUAUCAUGAUAAGCGCAAUCAACAGGAUUAUUUAUUACAUUUGGUCGACACCCCAGGGCAUGUCGACUUCCGUGCUGAAGUUUCGAGAUCGUACGCAUCCUGCGGCGGGGCCUUAUUGCUGGUAGACGCUUCUCAAGGUGUUCAAGCGCAAACCGUGGCCAACUUUUACUUAGCCUACAGCAUGAACCUGAAGCUCAUUCCAGUGAUAAACAAGAUCGAUUUAGAUAGCGCCAAUAUCCCUCAAGCAGAGGCUCAAAUCGAAAGCAUGUUCGAGCUCCCGCGGGACGAGAUUGUGCGCGUUAGCGCCAAGACCGGUAUUAAUGUCAAACAAGAUCUUUUACCAGCCAUUAUCGACCGUAUUCCACCGCCGUCUGGGAAGCACGCCAAACCUUUCCGCGCGCUGCUGGUGGACUCCUGGUACGACUCGUAUUUGGGAGUUGUCGUGCUUGUAUAUAUAGUUGAUGGUUUCGUCAAGAAGGGCGACAAAGUAGUAAGCGCGCAAACGGGCAAAAAGUACGAGAUCAAGGAGCUAGGAAUUAUGUAUCCAGACAAAGUUCCCACAGAUACCCUCAUGACCGGCCAAGUUGGAUAUCUUGUUCCUGGUAUGAAGGCCUCAAAGGAUGCAAAAAUUGGUGACACUAUUAUGCACCUCGGGAAAGAACAUGAAACGGAAGUAUUAGAUGGUUUCGAGGACCCUAAACCCAUGGUUUUUGUUGGUGCUUUCCCAGCAGAUGGAACUGAGUUCAAAAGUCUAGACGAUGAUAUCAGCCGUUUAGUGUUGAACGACAGAUCAGUUUCACUUCAACGCGAAUCUUCCAACGCUUUAGGCCAGGGCUGGCGUUUGGGAUUUUUAGGAUCACUGCAUGCCUCUGUUUUCAGAGAUCGUUUGGAUAAAGAAUACGGGUCAAAAUUGAUUAUAACCCAACCAACGGUUCCAUACGUUAUUAAAUUCACGGAUGGUCAAGAAAAGGUAAUCACCAACCCAGACGACUUUCCAGAUUUGUCACUCAGAAAAUCACGCAUCCAUUCCUUGCAAGAGCCUUAUGUCGAAGCUAUAAUCACUCUCCCUCAGGAAUACUUAGGUGCUGUGAUUAAACUGUGCGAUAACAACCGUGGAAUCCAGAAGGAAAUCACAUAUUUGAAUGUUACGGGCCAGGUCUUGCUGAAAUAUGAAAUGCCAUUGGCGCACCUAGUUGACGACUUUUUUGGGAAGCUUAAAUCAGUUUCAAGAGGGUAUGGUUCGUUAGACUACGAAGACAUUGGAUACAAGCCAUCGGAUAUUGUUAAGUUGGAAUUGGUACUUAACGGGAAGAGUGUCGAUGCUCUGGCACAGGUUUUGCAUAGGUCUCAAGUUGAAAGAGUCGGACGCGAAUGGGCUAAGAAAUUCAAAGAAUAUGUCAAAUCACAACUUUACGAAGUCAUUAUUCAAGCAAAGGCCAACAAUAAGGUCAUUGCUCGUGAAACCAUUAAGGCACGAAGGAAAGAUGUGCUUGCUAAGCUUCAUGCUUCUGAUGUAUCCCGAAGGAAAAAGCUUUUGGUCAGACAAAAGGAAGGUAAGAAACAAAUGAAGAGUGUUGGAAACAUCCAAAUCAACCAAGAGGCAUACCAAGCAUUUUUAAGAAGAUGA